AUGGUUGAUUUUCUCCAAAAUGCAGAUAUGAUAAUUUCUGUCAUAGAACCCAUUCCUAAAUCUAAAAAUAUUACGAUGUUGUUAUUCCAAACAGUGAAGGUGUACUCCUCUACUAUUAAAGCAGAGAAAAUAGCAGAUGUAUCUAAUACUACUAUUAUCGAUUGUAAGACUGCUGAAUUAUUAGAGAAUAAAUCAAGAAAGACUUUAGAAGAGAUGUGCUCUUUAAACUGGCAUCAUAUUUUUAGGGCUUAUAAGCAAUUACAAGAUGCUGGUACUAACAAUGAAACAGCCGUUGAGGCUAUAUCUUAUAAAGAUUACAGAAAAGAUAGGCUCACAACUGCAACCUGGGCUGAAAGGCAUUGA